UGCCGAGACCCCGCCCUAGUCACUGCAGCGCGGAGAGGCUAAGGAGAAGGUUCUUUUGUGUCUGAAGCAGAACAAGAAACUCAUAAUGGCGACCAACGAGUACACCCAGCAAGCGACCCAAGGGUACGGGGCGUACCCCUCGCAGCCGGCGCAGAGCUAUUCUCAGCAGGGCAGCCAGUCCUACAGCCAGCAGGGUUACGGCAGCUAUGGCCAGUCCGCCGGGUCCUCCUCCUAUGGUCAGAGUGGAGGCUACGGCUCUUCCUAUGGGCAGGAGCAGAGCUCUGGAUACAGCUCCCAGUCCGCACCACAGGGAUACGGUGCUGGGAACUAUGGCAGCUCCCAGACCUCGCAGACGCCGUACAGUGGGGGCCAGCAGCAGCCGUCCUCUCAGUCGUCCUAUUCCAGCUACUCCCAGCAGCCUCCUGCCAGCAGCAAUUCAGGAAGCUAUAGCGGCAAUUCGCAGUCCUCCUCCUCCUACCAGCAGCAGCAGCAGGGGAGCAGCUAUGGUCAGCAGAGCAGCAGCAGCGGGUAUGGCAGCCAGCAGGGCGGCUACGGAGGGCAGCAGCAGUCCAGCUAUGGUGGGCAGCAGGGCGGCGGCAGCAGUUACGGCAGUCAGCAGCCAAGCUCCUAUGGACAGCAGUCAAGCUACAGUGCUCCGCAGAGCUACGGCCAGCAGCAGUCCCAGUACAGCAGUGGCUCUGGUGGAUACAACCAGGACUCUCCUUCCAUUGGUGGAGGCGGAGGCUUCAGUGGCUCUGAACAGGGAGGCUAUGGCGGACAUGAAGGUAGAGGCCGUGGACGUGGAGGUUUCGGUGGACGCGGAGGCUUUGACCGAGGCGGUAGAGGAAGCCGCGGAGGAAGAGGCGGCAUGGGCGGUGGUGAACGGGGAGGAUUCAGUAAAUUUGGUGGACCACGUGAAGACGGACCCCCCAGACACGAAACGCCCGAGCAAGAUAACUCCGACAACAACACCAUCUUUGUGCAGGGCCUUGGUGAGAGCGUGACCGUGGAGUCGGUUGCUGAAUAUUUUAAGCAGAUUGGAAUAAUUAAGACAAACAAGAAGACCGGACAGCCCAUGAUCAACCUGUACACUGACCGCGAGACUGGCAAGCUGAAGGGAGAAGCCACAGUGUCCUUCGAUGAUCCGCCCUCCGCUAAGGCUGCCAUCGAUUGGUUUGAUGGAAAAGAGUUCUCUGGAAACCCAAUUAAAGUCUCCUUUGCCACACGGAGGGCUGACUUCACCAACCGUGGAGGUGCUACAAACGGCCGAGGAAGAGGACGUGGUGGAAGCCCUGUGGGACGUGGAGGAUUUGGUGGUCCUAGCAGCAACAGCCGUGGAGGUGGUGGUGGUGGUGGUGGAUAUCCCAGUGGUGGUGGAGGACAGCAGAGGGCUGGUGACUGGAAGUGUCCAAACCCAACUUGUGAGAACAUGAAUUUCUCAUGGAGAAAUGAGUGCAAUCAGUGCAAGGCUCCAAAGCCCGAUGGACCCGGAGGGCCGGGUGGUGCCCACAUGGGUGGCGGAGGAGGAGGUUUUGGUGAGGAAAGGAGGGGAGGCGGAGGUCGUGGUGGUUUUGAUCGUGGUGGCUUCAGAGGCAGAGGUGGUGAUAGAGGAGGAUUCCGGGGUGGCAGAGGUGGAGACCGUGGAGGUUAUGGACCAGGCAAAAUGGAUUCCAGGGGUGACCACAGACAGGACAGACGUGAGCGGCCAUACUAGCUGUGACACACUCCUUUUUUUUACGGUUAUACAGUUUUAUUUUGUACUUAUAAUGUAUCCUAUGGAUUCUCGCUGAACUGUUCUGAAUUUCUGUACACUUUGUAUUACCUCCACAGUGCUCUGUGCAUUUUAUCCAUCUUUGUAAAGUCCCUGCCCAUUAAACAGAUGAACUUGUGUGUAAA